AUGACUGAAGAACUAAAGACGAUAAUGAAUGGUGUGAUGUCUGCGAGAUGGUGUAUUAUAAAGUUCAUCAUCUGUUUGUGUAUAAUGACUGCAACAACAAUGAUCAUCACGUUGUUGGUGGCUAACAUAUCACAACUAGAGACAGCAUUCUAUCAGUUUUGGCCCAUACCAGUUGCUUUUAUGUUCGUUGCAUCAAUCCUUCAAUUGGUGUUUCUUCUUGCGUUGAAUCUUGAAAACGCAUUCCCAGUGAACUAUAUGUUGGCUGCACUGAGUGUAUUCACGUCGUCUUCUGGUCUCGCAGUUGAAACAGCGAGGUUAAAUUUAUUGACUCUUCUUUCAUGGAGUCUUACCGCACUCCUGUCUGUGUUAGCCGUGAUAGUUGGAUACAAAAUGAGGCGUCUUAAUCUGAAGGGAUACCAUGUCAUGUAUUACGUGAUAUCUGGAUUGAUGAUUUUUGGUGGCAUUCCGUUUAUGGUUCUCUACCUUCUUAGCCAUGAGCAACCUGCAAAUCUAGUUUUUGUUGUACCUUUGGUACUCUGUUUAACUGUGGCAUUAUAUCUUACUGGACAAGUGUUUGCUAAACUACCAGACAAAGAACAGGGAGUUCCAGUGUAA